AUGGCCGGCAAUUUCCGGUCAUUUCAAGACCUUGUGUAUGAGAUAGAGCAGGAGUAUGAAGAGGAGCUAGCAAGGCUCCGACAGGAGAACGACUGGAUGCGACAGCGGCUGGGUUUUGCCAAGGACGAAGCACUCAACCAGGAGAAGGUUCUUGGUCGGAUGGCGGCAAGAGAAGUCCGAAUUGAGGAUCCAGAGCCUGCAGAAGCCGCCAUGGACUGCUCCCAAGCCAUUUCCCAAGGUUCUGCAGAUUCUGGUUUGAAGCUGGCACCUAUCGUGGUGAAUGGAGGCAUUGUAGAGGCCAAGGAGUUCACCUUUGAGACGAAUGCUUUGUGGCAGAAGAGUGCGGUGAAGCUAUCGGCCUGGGAAACCAGUGUGACAGCUGACCUCAACCAUGACCUCCACAAGGUUGCCCUCACAGGUGUAGCGGAUCUUGGCACAGGUCGCCCCACAAGGUACAGACUGAUGAGGAAGCUACAGCUUCCAAUGAGCCCAAAUGCUCCUAUUCGUCUCUCGUGGGAUGUUGCCAGUAUGAUCCUCAUCAGUUAUGACGUUUGGUGGAUUCCACUGCAAUGCUUUGAUCCUGCGGAAGAUUUCUUCACCACCAUGAUGGGCUGGAUCUCCUUGGUGUUCUGGACACUGGACAUGUUUGCCACAUUGAUGGUGGGCUACUUUGACGAUGGUGAGCUCAUUUUGUCGCCAAAGAAGAUAGCUUGCCGGUAUUUAAAAACAUGGUUUCUGCCGGACCUCAUUGUCGUACUUCCGGAUUGGUUCACUCGCCUUGUGAACACGGAAGGCGGUGAUGGUCUAGCGACAGCUGCACGGAUGAUUAAAGGGUUCCGGGCGAUCCGAAUUCUUAGACUUCUUCGACUGCUGAAGCUCCAGCGCUUGAUGAACAUGGUCUAUGACCUCAUAGAUAGUGAGUACAUGUUCAUUGUGUUUACUAUGAUCAGACUGAUUGUCGCAAUCACGGUGCUGAAUCACGUCAUUGCCUGCAUUUGGUACUUAGUUGGCUACCUGACCAUGCAAGCUGGAAUGCCAAACUGGCUGGAAGAUACAGGACUCCGCAACGUCUAUACGUCGGAGUUUGCAUGGAAGUACUUGACUUCCCUUCAUUGGAGCCUCACCCAGUUUACACCGGCUUCAAUGGAUGUCAGUGCCCGCAAUGAGUAUGAGCGAAUCAUGUCUAUCCUUGUCUUAUUCUUCUCAUUGGUGGCGUUUUCUUCGAUUGUAGGAAGUGUGACCAACUCGAUGACGGCCUUGCGGAAUAUGAGCGGAGACAGCAAGAAGCAAUUCUGGUUGCUGCGACGCUUUCUCAAUCACAAAAAGAUAGGGAAGACUACGUCUGCAAGAAUCAUCCGCUUUUUGGAGCACCAGACUGCGAACCAGCAGGGUGAUGUGAACCCGAGUUCAAUCACCAUCCUUGCCCUUCUUUCCGAGCCUUUAAAGAAUUUGUUGGCCUAUGAGCUGAGCAAGAAGCAUGUGGAACUUCAUCCAUUCUUUUCCCACCUCGAGCAGGAAAUGAGCCCCAUCCUCGUCAAGCUUUGCGAUACAGUUCUUCGAACGAUUGACCUAGCUAGCGAGGAUAUUGUGUUUCAUCCUGGAGAAGAAGGGGAGAAGAUGUACUUCGUCAAAUGCGGGAACUUGGAGUACACGCUGCCAAAUGGUGAGGUCUUGAAGCCUCGGCUGCGGGAAAAGGCCUGGCUGGCGGAGGCAGUCCUUUGGACCACGUGGUGGCAUCGUGGCGAGUUCAAGGCCGUCACCCCUUCGGAACUGGCCAUUCUCCGACCAGGACCAUUUGCAGAGGUGAUGAAAGUUCAUCCUCGGCCGUGGAGCUACUGCCGACGAUAUGCAGAGGUCUUUGUGAAGCAUCUGAACCAGAUCAAUCACAAGCUGCUCACCGAUGUCAUUGUCAAUGCGGACCUCCUGGAAAGCCAAGUGUGGAGCUGUGACAGAGACUUUGACGAAGCGAGCCGAUCGAUACCACCAGCAGCACUGGUGUGGUCUCCUGACAAAGAAGUUGACAGAAAAGAAGAGGAAGAAGUUGACGAUGAUCCUACAGUACCAGACGAGCGUGGACCGGAUGAGCAUUGCAGGAUCUCGGGAGAUUGA